AACCCAGCGGACUGUUACCUCCUCUCUUCUCUUCAUUAUCUCAGGAAGACUUCAGGUUGUCUUUGAACGUUCUUUAUCAGGAGAAACUUGCUGUUUUUCUGCCGGUUCCUGAGUGACAUGUCAGCUGUUUUUAAAGCGUGAAAGUAAGAAACUUAAAAACGCAUCAUGGGGUGAAUGUGACUUCUGAGGAGGAUGCUCAUCCGGUGACCAAACCACAGCAGCAGAACCAUGGUGAAGGAGAGGCUGCCGGGCUGGGUCCUGCAGGACUCGGAGGAGGGUCUGCUCCACGUGAACGUUGGGGGUCUGAAGAGGAGCCUCUGCUGCAGCACGCUGAAGAAGUUCCCCGACACCAGACUGGGAAAACUGCUGGCCUGCGACUCCGAGGAGGACAUCCUGCAGGUGUGUGAUGACUACGACGUGCAGCAGAAGGAGUUUUACUUCGAUAGGAACCCCGGCCUGUUUCCGUACGUUCUGCACUUCUACCAGACGGGGAAACUUCACAUCAUGGAGGAGCUGUGUGUGUUCUCCUUCAGUCAGGAGAUCGAGUACUGGGGCAUCAACGAGUUCUUCCUGGACAGCUGCUGCAGCUACCGGUUCCAUGACCGAAAGCUGGAGAGCAGUCGGCACCACAGCUGGGACGACGACAGCGACGUCAGCAGCAUCGACACGUCCGUGGACGAGAUAUCGGACCUCAACAGGGACAUGAAGCACUUCCAGGAGGUCCGUCACGGGAACAUCAGGAAGUGUUUGUGGCUGACGCUCGAGAACCCGGGGUACUCCAUCCCCAGCAAGCUGUUCAGCCUGGUCUCCAUCAGCGUGGUGCUCACCUCCGUCGCCACCAUGUGCAUCAACAGCAUCCCCGAGUAUCAGAACUUUGACAGUGAAAAGAAGUUGAUUGACGACCCGACCAGGCAGGCUCUGGAGGUUUUCUGCACCUGCUGGUUCACAUUCGAGGUGGUGAUGCGGCUGCUGCUCGCUCCCAACAAGAGGAAGUUCUUCUACCAGCCUCUGAACAUCAUCGACUUGGUGUCCGUGGUUCCGAUCUAUAUCACGCUGCUGCUGGACCUCGUGCCGGGAGCCGAGUCUGAGCUGGGAGGCCUGGGGACACUCAUACAGGUAUUGAGGUUGAUGAGGGUCUUCAGGGUUCUGAAGUUGGCUCGACACUCGACAGGACUGCGGUCCCUGGGAGCGACACUGCGGCACAGUUACCGUGAGGUGGGGAUCCUGCUUCUGUACCUCGCUGUGGGAGUCUCCGUCUUCUCCGGCAUCGCUUACACUGCAGAAUAUGAAGAGGACGUGGGCCUGGACACCAUCCCGGCCUGCUGGUGGUGGGGCACGGUCAGCAUGACCACGGUGGGCUACGGAGACGUGGUGCCCGUCACGGUGGCCGGGAAGCUGGCGGCCAGCGGCUGCAUCCUGGGCGGCACGCUGGUGGUGGCGCUGCCCAUCACCAUCAUCUUCAACAAGUUCUCUCACUUCUACCGCCGGCAGAAAGCUCUGGAGGCCUCGGUGAGGAAGAACCACCGCCGGAAGAUCAACAUGAGCUGCGAGAACGAGCCGGAGGAGGAAGAGGAGGAGAUGGAGGUGGAGGAUGAUGAUACUGACGACAUGGAGGAGGACGAUAUAGACGACGAGGACGACGGAGGUGUGAUUAACUACAGCUACGUGGAGCAUCCGUCAUACUCCUCCAUACUGAAGAGGAAGGAGCUGCAUCAGCUGUGAGGAGCCGCCAUCAGAACUGUGUUCAGACGCUCGCUGUGAGGGUCAUCAGCCCAUUAUAACGCUACGGACGGAGCAAUCCUACUGCCAUGGUGAUGCAACCGCAGUCCUGAACCCCAUGUUAACAUGCAUUAAAACUUCUAGGUUUAGAGAUAUGAAUUAUAAUUCUCUUGGGUUGAGUCAAUCCAGUGACACAAACCAGAUCUCUGAUUUAAUCAUGAGACUCUCAUCUCAUCCAAGGCCUCUAAGAUGUAGUAGGAACUGUUGAAUUAUCCUGUGGGAUCUUCUGUCGAUGCAUGACUGAACAGAGAGUGGAAACAAUAAAUAACUCAGAGCUGUUGCCUUUAAAGAGAAAGAGAGCGUCCAUACAGUAAAGGAUUAUAAAUCUGGGUCUUCCAAUGACACACUGUCUGUUAUCUGUGCAUGUUGGAGGGUUUCGAUGUGAAGAAAUGCAGGACAAAUAUAACUGAGCAUAAUAAGAGGUCAACGUCCUGCAGGACUGUGGGAGGGGUGAACUGAAAGCAUGCACAAUGAAAUAAAAAAGUAUCCAGAUGAACUGUGAAAAGUACUUUUGUGGAAGAAGUUGAAACACAAAGUUUACACUGUUCUCUAAUAUGUUUAAAGAGUCCUCUCCUGCUGAUGAUCAGGUGUA